AGAUGGGGGAAAGAAGAGACACGGGUCACAAUUAUCAUAAUGAAAAGGAAACUAGAACUCCCUCCCAUCUCCUCCAAACACACCGGACCGAGCUCGGUCUCGCCCUGAACCUCCCUGGCACGGAGACGAGCAGUUACCGGGGGUAACCAGCAACACAGCCUCUGGCAGCAGCACCCAGACGUGUUAGCCAAGCUUCCUCAACCCCUUUCCUUACACCACCAGGACCAAGCAGUUCAUGCCUCAACCAGUGCCCACAGAGGUAACACAGCACCCAUGCCAGGAGUUAAAGCGGACUCUGAAGUCCCGGGCAUGCCAACGCUGCUGCUGGAAUUGGAGCUGCGAGGCAGGGCUGCUCCUAAGGGCACCCGCAUAUAUUUCAUUCAUGCAUGCUUCCUUUCCAGUCAAUAACAAAAUUAACAUACAGCUUUAGGUUGAGAUGCUUCACUGACUGCAAAUCUGCAUUGCCUCAUAUUUCCGUAACUAUGUAAAACAUUUAAUUUAUCGGAUCACAAUUCAAACUACAAAAAGCAGGAGACUUUUUGGGAAAAAAAAUUGCUCUGGAGUUGAGGUCUGGAACGCAAGCAACAUGGGGGAACUCACUGAAGUUGAUGCAAAUCAGACCAGCAAGUCAAGCAGUAACUUCCUGAAGGAAGCCGCUCUUAAAAUUUCCCUCGCUCAACACCCAUUUCAAAAAAGCCCUGCAGCAGAGGCUGGGCGGAGGCAGGAGCGGGGGGAGCAGGCAGAGGCUGCGCGGGAGGCAGCAGGAGGCAGCCCUCCCCUCCCGCCCACCGCUUGGCGGGAGACUUAAAGCAGGCAGGAGCAGCCAGCUGCCCUCAGCGCCCCGCCAUGUCCACCCCUGCCAAGCGGCGCUGCUGCGGCCCCAGCGGCUCCCUCGACUCCAGCUUCCAGAAGCGCCUCAAGAAGAUUUCCAUCGAGGGGAACAUCGCUGCAGGGAAGUCUACGUUUGUCAGGCUACUUGAGAAACACAGCGAUGAGUGGGAGAUAAUCCCUGAACCUAUCGCCAAGUGGUGCAACAUUCAGACAGCUGAAGAUGAGUAUGAGGAGCUUUCAACAUCUCAGAAGAAUGGAGGAAAUCUACUUCAAAUGCUGUAUGAUAAGCCCACAAGAUGGGCUUACACUUUUCAGACUUACGCUUGCUUGAGCCGAGUAAGGGCACAAUUAAAACCCAUCUCAGCCAAAUUAUACGAAGCAGAACAUCCAGUGCAAUUUUUUGAGAGAUCUCUGUACAGUGACAGAUACGUGUUUGCUUCUAACCUGUUUGAAUCUGGAAACAUCAAUGAAACAGAGUGGACUAUCUAUCAGGACUGGCACACGUGGCUUUUGAAUCAGUAUGAACCUGAUAUAGAACUGGAUGGCAUCAUCUACCUCAGAACCACACCUCAGAAAUGCAUGGAAAGGCUGCAGACAAGGGGAAGAGAAGAGGAACAAGGAAUUGAGCUUGAGUAUUUGGAAAACCUCCACUAUAAACAUGAAACGUGGCUUUAUGAAAGAACUCUGAGAGUUGACUUUGAGAACCUUAAAGAAAUCCCCAUUCUUGUUUUGGAUGUUAGUGAAGAUUUUAAGAAUGAUAAGAUUAAACAGGAGUACCUAAUCGAUGAGGUCAAAUCUUUCCUGACUUCUUAAAGAUGAAAUUUGAGAGGAACAUCAACUGCUCGAUAAUCAACAGUUAAGCCAGCGUUCUAAGACAGUUUAAACUAGAUGGUGAAUUAUCCUAUAUAAAAACGAGGGUUUUUUUUUACGUAUAAAUCAUGUAAUUUUUUUUUUGCUUGUCUGGACUGUGUGGUUUGAUGGAAUUUAUGGUAUAGUUUAAAGGAACAUGCAUGGGAUGUUUUGAUAAUGUAUUUCGAGUAUAUUCUCUGCUGUUUAAUAAAGAUUUUAAACUAA